AUGGAUGUUGAGAGACAAGCACUUUCCCGGUUCAGGCACGGCCUCAUCGACCGUGCACACCAACUUGCUUCUUGGGUCGGGGAUGAAAAAGAUUGUUGCAAAUGGGCAGGGAUUGUUUGUGAUAAUGUUACAGGUCAUGUUCAUCAGAUUCAUCUUCGUGGAGUAGGUGGCCAUUGUCGUGUUGGUGACUACACAACUCCCAAAGCAUACGAAGAAGCAUCGAAGCAAAUGCUAGGAGGGGAUUUAAGUUCAUCGUUGCUCAAUCUAAAGCAACUCAAGCAUCUAGACUUGAGCUGCAAUGAUUUUGCAGGGAUCCAAGUUCCUAGCUUUAUUGGUUCUCUCGGAAACUUGAGAUAUCUUAACCUCUCGAGUUCCAAAUUUGGCGGAACUAUCCCUCCUCAAAUAGGGAAUCUUUCGGAAUUGCAAGUCCUCGGUCUUGGGAGUUUUUAUGAUAAGACUUACGGAUCUGAAUCAACUAGCAUGUUGAACAUGCAGUGGUUGUCAAGCCUACGUUCGCUGCAUCACCUGGAUAUGAGUGGCCUGGACCUAAGCAAAGCAACUGAUUGGCUUCAGGUGAUGAACACCCUCCCUUCUUUGAUCAAACUGCAUAUGUCUGAUUGUCAACUCUCAGAUAUACAUCCCCAAGUUCCUAGUCUUAAUCUCACAUCCCUUUCCUUGCUUGAUCUUUCUACUAACGCUUUUGAUACCACUUCUGUACUACGGUGGAUUUUUAGCAUACCGAGUCUAGUUUCGUUGGAUUUAAAUGAGUGUUAUUUCCAUGGACCUAUUCCUGGUAGCGUUGAUAGCUUCCGUAACUUCACUGCCCUCAAGUGGCUUCACGUCUCUGCGAAUGAUUUCAUGAAUUCUUCGUUAGUAUUACAAGGGUUGUCUAGCGUAGGUMGYAAUCUCAUUUCGUUAGAUAUUAGCUAUUGCGAUGUUUCGAGUUCAGAUCUAGUUGCACUUCACAACUUGACUUCCCUUCUUAACAUCGACCUAUCACAAAACCAGCUCACCAAGGUAAUUCCUAAAUCAUUAGGUAACCUUUGCAACUUGAGACAGGUUAAUAUGGCAGGUAACAACUUCGAAAAUAUCAGUCUUACAGUCCUUCUUGAAACUUUUAUCGAGUGCAAAUCCCCUAGCUUGGAGUCAUUAUCCCUUGGAUACUCCCAGCUAUCUGGUCAUCUACCUGAUUCAAUAGGAAGAUUGUCUUUUCUGAAGUCAUUAUCUCUGGCUGAGAAUCUCAUUUCUGGUUCAAUUCCAUACUCAAUUGGAYGUUUGUCGUCAUUGGAGAGCUUAGAUCUACGGAAUAACCAACUAAACAGCAGCCUUCCAGAUAGCCUCGGUCUACUUUCAGAGUUGGAGUAUUUAGAUAUUUCUUAUAAUAUGCUGACCAAUAUCGUGACAGAAGCUCAUUUUGCCAGACUAGCCAGAUUGAAAGUCUUAUGGGCAAAUAACAACAACUUAAUAUUAAGACCACGCAUUGAGAACUGGAUUCCCGCUUUCCAGCUGCAGCUUUUGAAUUUGAGAUCUUGGGAUUUAGGGCCUCAAUUUCCAAUGUGGUUGCAAUUGCAAAGGGAUUUAGAAACGAUGGAUAUCAGCAACACAAGGAUUUCAUCAACCAUCCCUGAGUCAUUYUGGAGAUCCAUGCCCAAUCUACAAGUUUUAAACAUGUCGCAGAAUAAUAUACAAGGAAGGUUGCUUGGUAUCCAUGCACCACUUUCGGUUAUUGACCUAAGUUCUAACAACUUCAGCGGGCAAUUACCAGAACUCUCAAAAAGUUCAUCGGCAUUUAUCCUGGAUCUUUCGCGUAAUUCCUUCGUGGGUUCGUUACACCGUUUCUUGUGUCUCUAUAGUGGGGAGAAACUAGAUUUUCUUAAUCUUGCAAAUAAUCAACUGUCUGGAGUCAUUCCAGAGUGUUGGAUGAAUUGGCCGAUUUUGUCAUUCUUAAACUUGGAGAACAACAAUCUAUCUGGUGAGAUUCCAAGAACUUUGGGAUCUUUAUCUUCACUAGGAUCAUUGAAUAUGGGCAACAACAAGCUCUCUGGAACAUUGCCUMUUUCUCUAAAGAACUUGACGAACUUGGAGAUCCUUCAAUUUGCUAGAAAUGAACUUGUUGGAAGGAUUCCAACAUGGUUUGGGAGAGAACUCUCAAUUUUGAGAAUUCUCAACCUCCGUUCAAACAAAUUUGACGGACAUAUUCCUCAUGAGCUAUGUGAUCUUACCGUGAUUCAGAUCUUGGUCCUCGCUCAUAACAAUCUAUCAGGAAAUAUUCCAAGAUGCUUCGACAAAUUCAAUAUCCUCUUGGGGAAAGAAACGACCUCAGAUGGUCGGAUUUUUUCCUUAUCUAUUCUUGGGACAGACCUUUUGGGUAGUGCCUCUUUGGUAACCAAGGGACGAGAGGACACAUAUAGCACUAUUCUUAGACUAGUGAUGAUACUGGACCUUUCUAGUAACAAAUUUUCUGGACAAAUCCCAAGUGAGCUGAUGGCGCUUCAGGCAUUACAGUCRUUGAAUUUAUCAAGAAAUCAACUGACCGGAAGGAUCCCAGAGAARAUUGGAGACAUGAAAGACCUUGAAUCUUUUGAUAUCUCUCAAAAUCAACUUUCUGGGGAACUUCCUUUGAGCUUGUCAGGCUUGAGUUUCUUGAGUAGCUUCAAUGUGUCAUACAACAAUUUCACUGGAAGCAUCCCAUCAAGCACACAGCUUCAGGGUUUCGAUGAGUCCAGCUUCUUUGGCAACCAACUCUGUGGAAAUCCGCUCACAAAGAGUUGUGGAACCAAAGUACCUGAGUUAUACCAACAAGGUGCCAAAGGAUCAAAUGGAACAGAUUGGGGCUUGGUCAUUAGCAUAGUGUUGGGAUUUGUUGCUGGUUUCUGGAUUGUCUUGGCUCCAUUGAUAGCCAGCACAGCAUGGAGGAUUGCAUAUUUCCGUUUCUUGAGCGAGCUACGGUGUAUGUUUUGUGAUGUCAUUAGUAAGUAUUGUUGUAAUAUGUUUCCUAAGUGA